AAAUAGAUUAUGGACGGAAUUUUUCCGAAGCUUUGAUGCAAAUUUGACUUUUUUUUUUAUCGUCAUGCGAGUGAACCUGUUUUCAGAACUUAAAAUGCGUCGACCGCGUCAAGGGAAUACCGCUCUGUAUGUCGUCUUGCUGGUGUAUUUGAUCGGCUUUUUCGCACCUUGCCUAGUCUCCUCCAUUACAGUGAGUACCCCAGCAGAGCUCCAUGCAUCUAAAGGGGAUACCGUCACAUUGUCCUGCACCUAUACUUCCACCAGUAGGCCGACCAGUAAGAUGACUGUCGACUGGUCUUAUAGGCCCCAAAGUGGAGGGCCGCCACUGACAUUUUUCCACUUCUCCUCACGGGCGUUCCCUCCACUUGACGGUCAGUUUACUGGUCGAAUCCGGUGGCAGGGAACCCCGUCACGCGGGGAUGCCUCUAUCUCUCUGAUCAACGCCACGUUGAAAGAUAAUGGGACCUACACAUGCUCCGUCAGGAACCCCCCUGAUGUCCACGGGUCCCCGACUGCUCACACUGUGCUUACUGUCACACCAAAAGUGUCCAGCAUUCGCUUCUCUGAUGUUGCGGUCCUCCUCGCUUUCGUCCUCCUCCCCUCUGCUAUCAUCACCCUCAUUCUGAUUGGACGGAUGCUCUGUCCCAAGAAACAGCGCAACCAAUCAAAGGCCUACAGAUCGCCCAUAGAGGUCACAGAAGGAAGGUAUGGCAUCCACCCACCGGAGGCCAAAGAAAAGAGGGCCUCAUGCUGUGGCCUAUAUCUGAUGGACUUGGAAGAUGAAGAUGGGUAUUACAACCUAAAAAAGAAGCCUCCUGUGGAUGAAGGCUAUGCUGAGUCUCAGUGCUAGAGAACCCUGCUGGUAUGGAGAUGUAACUACAACUUCUAGACCUACAAGUGCCUUACAUGUGGGAGGUAUUGAAUGGAAAUGAAUGCUGGAUCCAUGUCUUCUUUGCCACAGUCAACCACUUAUUCAGUCACUUUGGUGAUGUUUACUUUUUUUGAGGUGACUCCUUUGGAAUAAUAUUUUAAUUUUUGUCUUGAGAAAAUCUGAAUUUUGCAUCUCCAGCAUUAUAUGUACACAAUAAAUGAUGUCAAUAAUUUAAUUUACCUGUUGCCUACAAGCUUCUAAAUUCCCAAAGCCGAGCAAGAGGUCUUGAUUCCUAAAUUUCCGAGCUUGUAGUCUUGAUGAGAUAUUCUAAGUUUAUUCUGUACUGUAUGUACAAGUAAGCAGCUAGUGUCAUUCUAGUGUCAGGUACCAACUGACUCUGUACAUGCAAAAAAACACACAUAGACAAGCACUGUAUCUAUUUUUAUAUCUUAAGGAUUUAUAUGUAUUUCUUAGUGUGAAGGAGAUAGUCUAAUGUCUAACUUAUUGCCUGUGUCAGAGUGGCUGUAUAAAAUCUGUCUUUGAGUUGUAGUGGAACCUUUCUGUUAUACGCUUUACUAUUGAAUAUUUUGGACAGAAAAUAUAUAGUUUGAUUUGAAUGUCAACUGUGACCACCUAGUACUAUUUAUACAGUACAUGUCCUAUAUUGUGUGUGUGUGUGUGUGUGUGUGUGUGUGUGUGUGUGUGUGUGUGUGUGUGUGUGUGUGUGUGUGUGGAUCUUACUACUCAGUAUAUUUUGGGGAUAUCUGAGUUUGGAUGUGGUUAUCUUAUGUAAUAUACUGUGACAGGAUUGAGUCUUUGUUUAGGAUGCACAGUUUUGCUUUAUUGAUUUUUCUUUUUUUGAUAAAUAAAUAGUUUAAGAGCAGAUUGUUUUGGCUUUGUGAGGGAAUGGACAUGACAUUUUUAAAAGGUGCUUCCAGCAAGUUAAUACAAAUACUUUGUUCAAUGUCUUGAUGCAUCUCUGAACAUAGACAAUUUGUUGGUAAAGCUGAUAGCAUACAGCCACCAUUUUCUCCUUUGCUCUCUCUUUGUUUGGUCUUUUGCACUAUUCAUGAAUGUUCUUGAACAUUCCUCUAAAAACUGUAAAGACAGGCUGGAGACUCAUAUCUUCACUCACAAAUUGCAGCAGCAUCGGUUUCAUCUACAUGCUGCAGUUGUGGGACUUGAGUCAUAAAAAGAUGUAAUAAAAACCCGCCAAUGAAAACACA